AUGUCCAUUAUAUCGAAAUUGCCUAUAAAAUCUUUGGUGCGAUUUAGGUGUGUACGCAAAUCAUGGUCUCUAUUAUUUGAAAAUCCUCAUUUCAUGAACAUGUAUCGCAUCAAUUUUGCGUCUAAUAAUAAUUUUUCUUAUGAUGAUGAUUCAUGUCUCACCUUAGAGUUAACUAUGUCAUAUAGUGGAUUCUAUGGAACCUUAUUUUUGCUUUAUGGUAUGAGAUUUGAGAAUAAGGUCAAAUUAGACUGGCCACCUUUGUUUCAAGAAGAUAACGGAUGUAUUAAAAUUUUGGGUUCUCCAAUUGAUGAAACACUUUGCCUCUACAAUGGUUUACUACUUCCAAAAAUUGUAUUCUGGAACCUAUCUACUAAGGAGUUCAAAGUCCUUCCUCCUAGUCCCAUUGAGUCUCAGCCACCUUAUUACAAAUUUGGCUUCACACUUAUGGGUUUUGGUUAUGACAAUGUUAGAGACGAUUAUAAAGUGAUUCUGAAUGCAUUCGAGUGGUUUCAAUGUGACUUUGAAGAUAAUCAAUCAAAUGAAUCCAUCUGGGAACUAUACAGCCUAAGAAAGAACACUUGGAGGAAACUUGAUGUAGAUAUUCCUCUUGGUUCUGCUACUUUAGACGCUCUAGUACACACAAACGGAAUGAGUCAUUGGUGGGAUAAGGAUGAAGAUUGUUUGGUCUCAUUUGACUUGAGUAAUGAGGUGUUCUUCAAAACCCCCUUACCAUUAGAUGUGGGUGAUACGGUCUAUUUUGAAUCUAUAGAUAAACGAUUUGUCGCAUUAAAUGGAUCUAUUGCUUUUAUUACAACAUAUACCGCAAGUUAUGGAAGUACAACACCUACUCUUCACAUAUCAAUUUUGGGUGAACACGGUGUGAAGAAAUCAUGGAUCAAACUCUUCAUCGUUGAGUCAUUGCCUAGUUGUUUUAAUCGAGUUAUUGGAGCGGGAAACAAAGAUCAAAUUUCCUCCAUCAUUGUGUUUCUUGAAAAUUCCAUUGAUGUGAGGAAAGAUUUGCAUGAGAGACUAUCAAAAGCUAAUAGAAUUCACAUCACUACACAUUGUUCAUCGAUUAAUAAUCUCAAACAAUCAUCUAAUUCUGUCCUUGAGUAUUUUUGGAAUUAG